CCGAACACUAUCUCCUUGUGAUCAAGGGAGACGGAUGUAGCUCGCGGCUCGGUAGGUACGUGAGCGCAGGGCCACAACACCUCUCACUCGCCGAAGGCUGUGGAACGAUCGGACACGCAGCUCAUGAAAUUGGACAUGCCCUAGGAUUCUUUCAUACGCAUACGAGGCACGACCGUGACCAGUUUAUUACAGUCGACACCAAUGUAAUCG